UUUGUUUAAAUUUUUAGCUGAUCAUUGAUCAAUAAAUUCAUUAAUCGUAUUUAGUAUUCUAAACGUAAACUACAAUCUAAUAUUGUUCAUAACCUUUGGGAAACUGUUUCUUUUUUUCUUAUAAAUUAUUCAUAUAUAAUAAAGCGAUUACGCAGUUAUGGCUGGAUACAGCGAAGAUCAGAUAGCAGAGUUCCAGGAGGCAUUCCAGCUGUUUGACUCCAGAGGCGAUGGCAAGAUACAUGUUGCUCAGAUUGGAGACGCCUUGAGAGCUCUAGGACAGAACCCCACUGAAUCUGAUGUAAAGAAGUGCACACUACACUUGAAACCUGAUGAAAGAAUAUCAUUUGAGGUGUUUUUACCCAUUUACCAGGCAAUAUCGAAGGCUCGCAGCGGCGACACCGCCAACGACUUCAUUGAAGGGUUGCGCCACUUCGACAAGGAUGGCAACGGCUUCAUCUCCUCGGCGGAGCUUCGACACCUGCUCUCCACUCUCGGGGAGAAGCUGAGUGACGACGAGGUUGAGCAACUGUUGCUGGGCCAGGAGGACUCGCAGGGCAACAUCAACUACGAGAACUUCGUCCACCUCAUCAUGCAGGGCUGAACCCUCGCCUGCAAGAAAUAAUAUUAAAUAUUUAUUAAGACUUUGUAUUUCCAAUUUAGUAUUUAAGUGCAAAUAUUCCAACACAACUAUAUACUGUAUUCUUAUAUUAUUGAUAAUAUUGUACUUAUUUUAAUGUAAAUUAUAAAUUAAAUAUUACAUUGACCAACAGUUGAA